AAGAAUCGCGGGAAAACACAAAUAUGAUUAUUUGUGAGUGUUAGCGGAGUGGCUAACACGGUCUCGGAUCUGUUUCGUAUUUUGAUGUGAUUGUGUUUACAGAAGUUAUUUACUGUUGUUAACGAGCGAGAAACAACACGGAAGGAACAUCCCUAGGCGCUCGAGACACUUUGGCAAUGAGUGUGGCGAAGGCAGAAGAUGUGAAGAGGGGUAUCGCUGUGAUUUGGGAGAACCUGCAGUGUCCGAUAUGUUUGGAUCUGAUGAGCGAGCCCGUCUCCACCCACUGCGACCAUCAGUUCUGCAAGUUCUGCAUGACCAAGCUGCUGGAAAGCAGUAAGAGGAAAGAAACGAGCUGCCCCGUGUGCAAAACCAAGGUCACCAAGAGGAGUCUGAAGGAAAGUCCAGGCUUCCAGAAACUGGUAGAAGGCCUCCAGAAUUUAGUUCGUUCUUACGAAUUUGACACGUGCACCAACUAUUUCACUGGAUCGCCACAGAGGAGACGGGGCGCUAGCGUUGAGACGGAGCCGAGAGGUCAGCUGGGCAGCGGAGACAACACAACGCCAGCCUCAGAAGGAGACGUGACGGAGAAAGAAGCGACGGUUUCCUCCACGACAGCAGCUAAAGACGCUUUCGCAAAGCUCAUGAGCCUUGAAGAUUCACAUCCGGUCUCUUCAGGACCAGGUUGCUUAGACCGCAGUCCCGAGGAUUUGCCGCAACAUUCACAAAUAAAACCUGAAGAUGUUCCUUCACUGACACGGCUGGACGUCACUCCAGACGACGGGAAACAUUCCCGCAGGAGAUCUAAACGGCUCUGUUUGGAGCCGGACAGGAUCACGGGUAAAAGACAGAAGAAAAGUGUGCAGAAAGUGUCAGAGUGGUUGCUGAGGAUCUCUCCGGGUUUUGACGCACCAACCGAAAGCGACGAGCAAGGAGUUCUUCCGAUGUUGACGGACAGUGAUGCUGAAAAAGAGAGCACGGCUUCAUGCGCGUCGACGGAGAUCAGCGCUCCUGCUGAUGAUAAAGCCGACGCAAGUCCUGUAAGGGAAGUGCCUAGUCGAGGUCUGGAAGAGCAAGUGUUCGGGGCUGUGUAUAAACGCGAGCGCAAAGCUGUCAAGAUCACCAAAGUCACCACAAGUUUCUCUCCCGAGAGAGAGCUCGCACCUGUCGGAGGUCUAUCGGAAACGGUCGACAAGAUCGAGGCUCCCGAGAGGAGGUCGGGCCGUACGUCGACUAUCAGGAAGUCGUCAAACGAAGGUAGAGAAGAUCAGGAGGACGUCGACGAAGGAAGCAAACAAGAAAACGGCAGUAAGCUGGAAAAGGUGGUACCUGAUGAAAACGCUGAAAAUACAGAAGAAAGCCCAGCGUUUGAGGUACCUUUGAAGAAACCAGGGAGGAGAGCAAAGAUGCAGGAGGUUUGGCAAGAUGUGGACCGUGACUUGACGGAAAAAGAAAGCAAUGCGGACAACAAGAAAGAUCGGAAGAGACGGCUCACCAGGAGCAGCCGCGGUGCUGCCAGUUACGACGAUUUGGAAAAAAGCAAAAACGCCAAAUACGCCAAGUCGCUUGCUCUCGUCAGUGCUGGAACCGAGAUGGUCGAUUCAAGGGAGAAGGUUCCGAGUAAUCCCGAAUUACUCGAGACCGAGGUUAAUAUCGAAAGUUAUCCUAGUAGCACAGAGCCGCGGUCUCCCGAUGCUCGGAAAACCCGACGAAGCUCAAGGCUGCAGGAGUUCGCUGCAGAAGUUCAAGGUCUUCCGAGAAGAAGACGAUCUAAACCGGUUCUCCCAAAACCUGCCGACGGACGAGAAAACAAUCCGUCCGCUAACCUGGACGAGACAAGCGUGAAGACCGGUCGCGUCGGUCAGCUUAACGCUUCGCAGAUCGAGACACCAGGACGGUCUGCGAGGAAGAGAAACUGUUGUGUUUACAACAAUGACUUUGAGAAGAUUGAAAUCAUGCGGUCGAGCCAGGACGCGGCCUCUCCCGAGCGCGAGUCGUCUGAGGGGACCGCGGCUGGAGAAAACUCGCUCGUUUCCGUUCUCCCAGACACGCUGGAUCGAGACGAGCGCGUCAUCCCUCGUUCCACCAAAGUCGUAAACUCGACGAGUCCGUUAGCGGUUCUGGUUCCAGAGUCUUUACCGCAUAAACGUCAGGAAUCAUCACCGUUUGCAAAAACGUUGAUGGAUACAGAGCAAGAAGACGACACCAACGAUAGUGAACUUGACACCGAGCAACUCAUGAAGACCUUCAAAGCCACCAAGAGAAAAUCCUUCUACCUGGGUAGUCCCAGAACCCAAGAGAAAUCCCUUCCCCAGAUUUUAGAGGAAGACCAGCAAGAGCGUGUAGAUCAAGCAGAGAUACCAGGCAUCUGUCCGGACAGCGAUCUACCCUCAGAUGCUUGUGAGCUAGCGCCACAAGAGAUAACAUCUCAAACAUCUCAAAGCUGUAUUGCAGAUGUCGCAAGUGCCAGUCUGCUUCCGGUUAACUCCCCUGCUCUUCCCAGUCUUCCCAAAGAAACCCAAAAAGACAAUUCCAUGAAGACCUCAGGUGCCAGUGACCAUCUCAAGAAGGUUGCAAAGUCCUCAAGAUCUCAAGAAUCCAGGCCUCCUGUCAACAUUGAUCUUGCAAAUUCAGUCCAGCUCUUCUCUACAAGCGUGACCCAAGAGGAACCCCAACCGUCUCGCAGUAAAGACUCAACAGAGUCUUCAGAAAUUCAAGAGAACGAAAUUUCCAGCAUCCCAUUGGGAAGCGUGACCAAGUCUGAAAUGCCGUGUAAUCAUUUUGAGUCCUCCGUCACCCCAGACGGCCUUGUACAGAACGAUCCCGAAGUUCUGGUCAUAGAACCCGCGACCACACGGAACUCUGAUAACACGGACGAAGGAGAAAUUCUAUCACAGCCACGUUUGCAUCGGAAGAGGAAGGCCCAGAGACUGGAGUCUUCAGAUUCUGAAUCCAGCGACGAUCAUGAAGACUUACCCCCGCUAGCCCAGAUAUUUAAAUCUCACCGUUCGUCCUCGCCGUCUGCCAAAGAUCCACUGAAAAGCUCGUUAAACCGAGAUGAAGAACGAAGCCUGAAGCCAGGUUUAGACCCCGUGAGUCAGGAUAGCUGCUCUCGCGCCGAACCGGAAGCUCAGUCAAGUUCUGCAAGCCAAAGCGUCGCCCCUUAUCAGACACGGGAACCUCUAGAAGAGCUACAAGAUGGUGGUGUUCCUGACCCCGCUUACAGAGACGACUGGAUCACUUCCAGUCAAGGAUCUGUGGAUCUUUUUGGGACACCACGCGAAUGUGAAGAGGCAGUCGACGGUGUCUGCGCGAACGCGGGGCUUUCCAUCGAGGCGUCGCAGUACUCCAGCGAGAUUAUUAACACGCAGCAGAGAGAGGAGAUGCAGCAGGAGCUGCACAGGUUGGAGAGAAUGAUGGUGUUAGUGUCUGAGGCUCUGCAGAAGAAAGACCACGACCAGCACGCAGGGCCGCGAGGUAGACUGAGAAGUCAGCGAUCCUGUAAAAGCGUAAGGCAACAGUCUCUGAGGUCAGAGGUCAAAGGUCAGGACGCCGUGCCUGAGGAUUCGACCAUCGACGUGGCGGUGGAAAAGAAGCCGAACGAGCCGAGGGGAGAAACCCUAGGAGACCGUUCGCUACAGAACGAGCGCAGGACAGGAAGUGAAGGCAGGAUGGAGCUGGUGGUGUCGGGGCUCAGUGCCACUGAACAGGGCCUGGUGAAGAAAUUUGCGAGGAAGAUGAAGGCAGUUGUAAGCAGUCAGGUCACUCCCACUACAACUCACAUCAUCAUGAAAACAGAUGGAGACCUGGUGUGUGAGAGAACAUUGAAGUACUUCCAGGGCAUCGCCGGCAGGAAGUGGGUGGUGAGCGUCCUGUGGAUCUCGGAGUGCUUCAAACACGGCAAACUUCUGGCUGAAGCUCCGUACGAGGUCUGCGGCGACGUGGUUAACGGAUGCGACCACAACGGACCCCGAAAAGCCCGAACCGCUCCGGAUAAUGACCUGCUGAUGAAAGGAUGUGAGAUCUGCUUCCAGGGCUCCUUCACUGAUAUGACCACAGAUCAGAUGGAGGUCAUGGUGGAGCUGUGUGGAGCUACGGUCGUGAAAGACCCGCUGAUGUUCUCCAGAAAGGGUAUCCGUUAUCAGCUGGUGGUGGUUCAGCCUGACCCUGACGACUCUCAGUCAUACUACGCAGCUCUACAGAGGAAAGCCACCGUAGUGACUCGGAGUUGGCUCUUGGACUCGGUCGCCACGUACACGCUCCAGAAUCCACCUGAUUAUAAAGCGUGAUGAUGAUGGGGGUUCAUUUCUUUAUUUAUUUUUUGUUCUGUUGCGUUCUCUGCAUGUUUUUAAACACCUCUUCUUCUUACUUGCACUUUAUCUGCACACUGCUCUGUUCAUCACUGCUUUUACUUUCACUGUAACUCACCAGAGAGAGAGAGAGAGAGAGAGAGAGAGAGAGAGAGAGAGAGUCUGUUUUAACGUGUUGUAAAUAAGACUGUCCUUGUACGUUUCAGUAUAAAACACUCAACAGGUGA